AUGGCCGCCAGGAGUGGUGCCCUCAACAACACAGACCUCGCCCGCCACUACGCCUUGUACGUCACCACCGUGGACGAGUCCAAGAGCUGGUACGUCGACCACAACCUCGGACACUUCCCUCGCAACAUCAGCAGCAGAGAUGCGGACUUCAGAUGGACUUCCUCAAUCCAUGCCAUCAACGGCUACGUGUUCGGCAACCUCCCCGACAUCACAGCAUGUGUAGGGGAAACAGUCACGUGGCACAUGGCCGGGCUAGGACAAAACACAGUCAACCUGGACACGGCCCAGUUUUCAACAGCAACAACAACUGCUGUCUCCCCGGGGCGGUGGCGAAUUAGUUGUGAGGUGACCGAGCAUGCCGCGAACGGGAUGGUCGCCAUCUUCGACGUCCGGAAGUGGUAUCUUCUGCACUAUCAGCCGACUUACCUCAGCAACCUACGCAGGCACUACAUUGCUGCGGAGGAAAUUAUCUGGGACUACGGACCAACAGGCAGAAACUUAUUUAAUGGCGACUCACUCACCGAACAAGGAAGUGAAUCUGAAAAGUAUUUCAAGCGAGACAACCACCACAUUGGCGGAGCCUACAAGAAGGCCGUCUUCAGAGCAUAUGACGACUUCAAGUUCCAGACCAAGAAAAUCCAAGAUAGCCGCCAAAAGCAUGACGGUUUUCUUGGUCCCGUGAUAAGAAUCGAGGUUGGAGAUUUGGUUCAAGUCACCUUCAAGAACAUGGCCAGUCGGCCGUACUCCCUGCAUGCCGAAGGCGUGAAGUUCAGGAAGAACAGCGAGGGGUCCGAGUACAAUGACGGCAGUGACGGUGAGAAUACGGCAUACUCGAUUAUCCAGUGUAUCAUAUCUCCUUUUCAUUCGGCUAAAUUCCCUGGACCAAUUCGACAACAAAUUUUCAUCUCGGACGUGACGUCAGCAUUCAAAUAUCUCUUUUCCCUAACUUGGUGCAGAAUUUCUCUCGCUUACAAGUGUACGGCUACAUGUAGCGUCAUGCUAUUUGAAUAUGGCUCUUAA